GGUCCAAGCAGCCCCCCACGCUCGGGGCUUGGAGGAGAAGAUGGGAAAACUCUGCGUGGCUCUCGGGAUCCUUGUGCUCUGCGCUGCUGGCGGCUGGGGGGGUAACAUCUGCACCACCCGCGGGGUGAACUCCUGCAAGCAGUGUCUGGCUGUGAGCCCCCUCUGUGCCUGGUGCUCUGCAGAGGUCUUGGCACAGUCAUCCCCUCGCUGUGACCUGCGCGCCAACCUCCUGCAAAACGGCUGCGGGCAGGACUACAUCGAAUUCCCCACCAGCACCGUGACCAUCCUGGAGGACCGACCCCUCAGCAACAAGGGCUCGGGGAGCUCCACCACCACCCAGAUGAGCCCCCAGAAAAUACAGUUGAACCUGCGGCCGGAUGACUCCCAGAUCUUUCGUGUCCAAGUGCGUCAAGUGGAAGACUACCCCGUGGAUAUCUACUACCUGAUGGACCUGUCUAACUCCAUGAAGGAUGAUCUGAAGAACAUCCAGAACCUGGGCACCAAGCUGGCCAGUGAGAUGCGCAAGCUCACCAGCAACCUACGCAUCGGCUUUGGGGCCUUUGUGGACAAGCCCAUUUCCCCCUACAUGUAUAUCUCUCCUCCGCAAGCUAUCACGAACCCUUGCUAUGAGAUUGGGGAAACCUGCCUGCCCAUGUUUGGCUACAAACAUGUCCUGUCGCUUACGGACGAGGUGACCCGCUUCAACGAGGAGGUGCGGAAGCAGAGCGUCUCACGGAACCGUGACGCACCUGAGGGCGGCUUUGAUGCCAUCAUCCAGGCCACCGUGUGUGAGGAGAAAAUCGGCUGGAGGAAUGAUGCUUCCCACCUGCUUGUCUUCACCACGGAUGCCAAGACCCACAUUGCGCUGGAUGGCAGGCUGGCUGGCAUCGUGCAGCCCAAUGAUGCCCAGUGCCACAUUGACAAAGAUAAUUUCUACUCGGCCUCCACCACACUGGACUAUCCUUCUCUGGGCCUGAUGACUGAGAAACUCUCGCAAAAGAACAUCAACUUGAUCUUUGCUGUGACGGAUACAGUCGUGGGCCUCUACCAGAACUACAGUGAGCUGAUCCCAGGCACAACUGUGGGCACCUUGUCCAGAGACUCCAGCAACGUCCUGCAGCUCAUAGUGGACUCCUAUGGGAAAAUCCGCUCCAAGGUGGAGCUAGAGGUGCGUGACCUCCCCGAAGAGCUGUCCCUGGCCUUCAAUGCCACCUGCCUCAACGACGAGGUCAUCCCCGGGCUGAAGUCUUGCAUGGGGCUCAAGAUUGGGGACACGGUGAGCUUCAGCAUUGAGGCCAAGGUACGGGGGUGCCCAAGGGAGCGGCAGAAAUCCUUCACCAUCAAACCUGUGGGCUUCAAGGACAGUCUGACGGUGAUGGUGAACUUUGACUGUGACUGCUCCUGUGAGAGCCAAGCCGAGGCCAACAGCUCGUCCUGCAGCCGAGGCAAUGGCACGCUGGAGUGCGGUGUGUGCCGCUGCAAUCCUGGGCGCCUGGGCUUGCACUGCGAGUGCUCAGAGGAGGAGUACAACCCCUCACAGCAGGACAACUGCAGCCCCCGGCCGGGCCAGCCCCUCUGCAGCCAGCGUGGUGAGUGCACCUGCGGGCAGUGCGUGUGCCACAGCAGCGACUUUGGGAAGGUGACGGGCAAGUACUGCGAGUGCGACGACUUCUCCUGCGUCCGCUUCAAGGGCCAGAUGUGCUCGGGCCACGGGCAGUGCAACUGUGGAGACUGUCUGUGUGACUCAGACUGGACCGGUGACUACUGCAACUGCACCACCCGCACCGACACGUGCAUGUCCAGCAACGGGCUGGUGUGCAGCGGCCAUGGCUCCUGCAUCUGCGGCAAAUGUGACUGCACCCAGCCUGGCUCCUACGGUGACACCUGCGAGAAGUGUCCCACGUGCCCAGAUGCCUGCACCAUCAAAAAGGAGUGCGUGGAGUGCAAGAAGUUUGAGCGGGGAGUGCUGGUGGAGCAGCAGUCCUGCAGCCGCAUGUGCCGCGACGAGAUCGAGACGGUGCAGGAACUGGGUGACAGGGGCAAGGACGCCGUGAACUGCACCUACAAGGAUGAGGAUGACUGCGUGGUGCGGUUCCAGUACUAUGAGGACUCCAGCGGCAAGUCCAUCCUCUACGUUAUCGAGGAGCCAGAUUGCCCAAAAGGGCCGGACAUCCUGGUGGUCCUGCUGUCAGUGAUGGGUGCCAUCCUACUCAUCGGCCUCGCCGCCCUGCUCAUCUGGAAGCUCCUCAUCACCAUCCACGACCGCCGGGAGUUUGCCCGUUUCGAGGAGGAGAAGGCCAGGGCCAAGUGGGACACGGGCCACAACCCUUUAUACAAAGAGGCUACGUCUACCUUCACCAACAUCACAUACCGCGGGAACAUGUAA